UCAGUCAUUCCGUUUUGUUUUUAUUUCUACGGCGACGGCUUUUUAAUAGAUGCUUUGUAAUUUGGUUUUGCUCUUCAUCAUUCGUGUGUAAAUGUGUAGUGGCGUUGAAUAUUAUUUUCUAUAUUUCCGCAUAAUUCAAUUAAACUCAAGUGUAAAAUGUUAACUGGGGAAGAUUGCACAUAAAUAGAGUACGAUAAGCAAAAAUGUAUUUUCCAAUUGGCUGGCCAAAAACCAUUAACUUGGCUCUACCUGGAGAAAGUAAUAAUUUAAAACACAUCUGCUUUGAUGCAGUGAAAAUACUCUUGGCUGCGGCGGGAAACGACUUUUUAGGCAUUUGGUAUGCGAAUCCACUGGUUCCAAUCGUCUAUUAUCGUAGAAGCGUGGAAUCAGUGGUAAGCUACGGAGAAAAUAAGUUAGUUGUUUGGAAGCCAGAUUCACGACAAUUGAUAGUGCUUACGACUGGUGGUGUUUUAAUACUCUAUCAAGUAGAUUUCGAUGGAAACGGAAGUGGAAUAUUUCUCCAAAUGGACUCUCCGCAUUACAGUUUAAAACGGGACUCUGCUGAACUAUUUAUUAAGGAGAAUAUUCCAAAGCUAAGUCUGAAGGAAGUUUGCAUUGUGGAACUUAGUUCAAUUGUGACAACGGUAUGUUGCAUUAGUUUAACAGAACUUCUGGUAGCAACGGAACGUUGUGAGCUAAUGCGACUGCAGUGGUGUGACUUGGAGUCGGCAGAAGUUGGAAGCUCGACAACUGUUGCUGAUGCUAUAAAUUUGCGACAAAUACAGUUCUACGUCAAUCAGCAAUGCAGCUUGAAAUCUAUUCCACCAGUCAGUACAGGCUCUUUUGUUGCAGCCCUCGAAUAUUCGCCGUUUAUUGGAGGCUGUGCCGCGGUAUUUAGCGAUAAAAGAGCGGCAUUCUUAAUUGCAAACCACCUUAGAUUUGAAGCGGCAAACAUGCAUGGAUUUUGGAUCCCUGAAAUUGAGGAUGCUACCGUUUGUAGCGUAAACCAUAAAUUCCGUUUGCUUGCAUAUGGGAGAGCAAAUGCAGACAUUUCUGUUUACGGCAUCGAAGAUGGAACUGGCGGCUUGGAAUUUUCUCAUCGCCUUUCGUUAAAUUCAACGGUAAUGCCUGGUACUCUAGGUGCGGUGAACGAGCUCAAAUGGAGUCCAGAUGGUUGUGUUUUGGCUGUUUCUUGGGAAAACGGUGGAAUUGCUUUAUGGAGUACAUUUGGGGCACUUCUGAUGUCAUCAUUUUCCUGGGAUUUUGGUAUAAAUGUUGAUUUGAUCCACGACAAUCCUUUGUGUGUGAGCAAAUUAGAAUGGUCCACCGAGGGCUAUCAACUGUUCUUGACUUGCAAAGGUCGGAAAAAUGAAGAGCAGCACAUCGAUGAGCCUUACACCAACGUAUGUCAAUUGAGUUUUGUAAAGAGCGCGUUGACGAUGAAUCCAUGUAUGACAGCUCAUCCCCAUAUCUUGUUGCAAGGCGAUGAUACACUAUAUUUGAACCAAGGUGAUAACCUGGAAAAAAUUUAUUUUGGAGGGAAAUUCGUUUUUCCAAAUAAUAAAACAGACACACAUACACAAUCAUUGGACACAAAAGAAGCAGACGGUUGCUUGGAAGUAAAAAAUGCAGUCGAUAUAUCGUCUAUUUUGGCAGAGAGCAAAUAUUGGACAGUCCUACAAUUACCUCAGACAUAUGUUGCAACGAACUGGCCCAUACGUUACUCUGCUAUAGAUGCCGAAGGUGUUCACAUAGCGGUCGCUGGUCGCACUGGUUUGGCCCACUAUUCUAUGCCCACGAAAAAAUGGAAACUUUUCGGCAACGAAUCCCAAGAAAAAGAUUUUGUCGUGUCUGGAGGAUUAUUGUGGUGGAAAGGAUUUAUUGUAUGCGGCUGCUAUUCUCUUCUUGAUCGUACAGACGAAAUACGUUGCUAUCCGGAAGAGUGCAAAUUGGACAACCAAUUUGGAAAUCGUAUACAAGUAAGAGCUCCGGUUAUAUCGCUGAAUAUGUUUCGGGAUCAACUGAUUGCUUUAACAGCAGAUGGAAUUGUUACAUUGUUUGCUAUGCGUAAGUGUGACGCGUAUACGCUUAAAGCCGAUUGCGUAUAUGAGGUAGAUGUCAAAAGCAUUUGUAUUCAUCCGGCGUGUAUAGUUUCACUGACUGUCACUAAUUUACGGAAUGAUUUGACCGCCAAAUCUAUGGUUACAGCGGGAAACGGAGAAGCAGAAACCAUAAUUGUCAAUGUAUGUGGCCGUAUACUGAUGAUACAAAGGGACAACAAUAAUGCCGUUGUAAAUUCGUUGAUGGCAUCUUGUCUAGCAUCCUGUGUAGAAUGUUUUUGGUUAUCCAAUUCGACCCAAGUUGGAAGCCCCAUGCGCGAUUGUCUUUGGCUGUUUUCUGGUAUUCACGGAAUGAGAGUGUGGCUUCCUAUAUUGCCUCCAUCCACGGAACAAAGAAGAGACUCUUCGCACCGACUGCAUACGUUCAUGUCUAAACGUAUUAUGUUAUCGUUCCCAUUGAAGUUAUAUCCCUUGGUCAUAUUAUUUGAUAAUGUGAUUGUAUUAGGCGUGGAGAACGAAACAAUAUUGUAUACGAACGAGUCAAACUCUCAUUUUUCUUUGCCAUUUUCUCAACUUGAACGCAAAUCUCAAGUAUAUUUACAUAAGAUUUUGAGACAACUCAUAAAACGCAAUUUAGGAUACAGUGCAUGGGAAAUAGCACAGUCUUGCAGACGUCUUCCGUAUUUUCCACACUCCUUAGAGCUUUUGUUGCACGAGGUUUUGGAGGAAGAAGCUACUAGCAAAGAACCCAUUCCAGACGCUUUAUUACCAAGUAUUUUGGACUUUAUAAGAGAGUUUCCUGUUUACUUGCAAACAAUCGUGCAGUGUGCGCGUAAAACAGAAAUUGCCCUUUGGCCAUAUCUGUUUUCGAUUGCUGGAAAGCCAAAAGACUUGUUCCAACAAUGUUUGGAAUCUGAGGAAUUGGUAACAGCUGCAAGUUAUUUAAUAAUAUUACAAAAUCUUGAGCCUUCCAUUAUAAGCAAGCAAUAUGCGACUCUACUACUGGAGAUUGCUCUACAACAUCGAAACUGGGAGCUGGCCAAAGAUCUGAUAAGAUUUCUUAAGGCAAUUGACCCAAAUGAAAUCGAUUCGCCACGCUCUUCAAUGGUGGUUAAUUUGAAAAUUGCACCUCCCUCACAAUCGCAGUCACAAGUUAAUCAGAACCCCGAUGCAUUCAACUUAGUAUUAGGGCCAAUAGGUAGGGAGCGAAGUUUCUCGACCACUGUACUGGCAUCAAAUACGACAAAAGAUAAGAAGGAAAAACAGGCAUCCAAUCUUGCUGGAACUUCUGCAAUGGAAAAUGUUCCUUCUAGUACCAGUGGAUCCGUUGUAGUAGUUCGACGAAAGUCUGAACGCAGUCAUUCCACAAAAAGUGAAAAACGAGAAACUUUUUGCAUUGAAAGCAUUUUACAGAAGCAUGCUAGAAAGCUUUUACAAAGUUGCAAACUGAUUGAUCUGGGCUAUAUGAGUGCGUUCCUGGAUUUUCAUUUGGUAACAUGGUUGUCACAGGAAGCUGAAAAGGCUGCUCGUCUCGAAGAUUAUGUGAAUGCAAUCAAUCUAUUACACGAGGAAUUAAAGCUACCAACCCCAGCUUCUUGCCCAUCACAAACAGAUUUUUCUGAACAAGAUUAUCAUCAAUUGGAGAAAGGGUAUAAUUUAGAUAAACACUUGCAUAUUCCGAAUUCCUCAAGUCAGACAUCAGAAUCGGGAUAUUUUAGUUUAGCGCUAAUGGAUACCCCAACCAGUACGAAUAAUGGCAACACCAUUCUUCACACGAAUAUUCCGUCCAUUAAUGAAAAUGAAGAACUUCAGUAUCCCUUAGUGCAGACGCAAACUCAUAAUUCCAAUGUCGAAUUUAUCAAGUCGCGUUCCAACUCUCAAACUUCACUUGAUCACACGUCCUAUAGGCGUGUAUUUUCGGUAGGUGAUGAAAUGUCGUCGACUUCACUUGCGUUUGGACUUCAUUGUAGCACGGAAUUACCUGAGAAGUUAGCAAUAAAAUUGAGAUAUCUGUUGCAGUUGUUUAUCGAAGCGAAUUGUGUGGAUUUUGCGCUGGUUUUGUCAAUACUAUUGCAAGACGCCUCCUCUAUCGGACGCAUUAUCAACGUUCUUACAAGAUCUGAAUCAGUGGCAACAUGUUGUCGCAUACAGAAUGCUUUGAAACGUGUUGCAUUAUGGUCAUUCGAAACGGAAUGUAUUUACAGAUCAUUUAUGAUUUCGCUGCAGCCUCAUAUCUAUCUUUUGGAUCAAUUUAUUCAAACGUCAGCGUCCACUAUGUCGCCGGCUUCCUCAUCGUUGGCAAGUGCUCAGAUCAAUAUGAACAACGGCCGUAAUUCAGAGAACCGCGAUCCCAACGAUGUUUCAGAAACAGGGGAUCACCAGGUCGAGUGUUUACAGUCCAAUCAUAUUCAGCACGGUGGCGAAAGUGUCAAUGGCAAUUGGUCUUUUGAAGAUAAAAGAAAUAUACUGUCUCGUCAAUUAAGUUCGGAUAGUGCUUUAAGCACCACCGCUCCACGUCAAACACAACUCAGUAAUGUUGGGACCAAAAUCCCGUCACCAGGAACCGUAGUUCAUAAUGAAUCCAGCGGUUGUCUUGUUAUGUAAUUCGUCAUUUUCACUGUUAUCUAUGCCAGUGUUUGGAGCUGGUAAAGUAAGUCUAUUUUCUUGUUCGCAAUAUAUUCGUCGUGGUUGUUACACAAGCGUCGUUUCGCAUGUAAUCGUGAGCAAUAUGAUUUGAUAUUAGAUAUGUGUGUUGGCUACAUUCGUUCCCAUAUUGUUGGAUGAUUUGAUAUCACAAAUUGUACAUGCCUCCAUAUAUUUAACACAAACAAAAUAUAGAAAGAUUAAAAUGUAAUUAUUAUUAACAUAUAUUGUAUGUGCAAGCGUACUUUAUUAUACAACGAUUUUAAAUUUUAAUAUUUAAUAAAUCUAACUUAUCAUGGAAAUUGAAAAUUAAAAGUGUAUAAUGUAAACAUAAUUAAAAUCCCUACAUACGUACAAAUAUACAUACAUAUUUUAUUUUAUUAAAUAAUAAUUUGUUUAUUAUUAACUAAAGUCUUUCAAUGUAUCUUUGGAGUUGUAGAAAAUAAUAUUAUUUCGCUUGUGGUAAAAUAAUUUAAUUAUUGUAUCAAAAAUAAAUUAAGGUGAUACAUUUGGUUUAA